GGGGUGGAGUUGUAAAGGGAUGUGUAGCACUAACUGCUAAGGAGGGCAUCCAUUUUGGAAGAAGAAAAGGAGCAGUAGGUUAGCAGGGCAGAGAGUGUAGGAUUACCUGAGAUGGCAGCACUAAAGGAGCUCUUGGCGAGGAUCAGAGCUCAGGCAAGCGAGCAGGGGGAGGAUUGGGUCCGGCAGCAACUUGCAGCUCAACCCACUUCAACAGCCCGAAAUGCAGCCAGCAGGAGGAGAACACGGCCCCCUGAAAGACUGAGCCCAGCAGUGAGCAGCAGGUCGAGUCAGAGAAGACGGAUGAGGAGCCCCUCCCCCCCCAUAACAGGUCCGGGAAGCAGUGUGGGAGCGUCGGCUGCUGACAGGAGAGGCACUGGUAAGAAGCAGCAAGGGGGGAGGAAGCCGUGCAGAGGCCAGGGAGCAGGACGGAGAAGCCGAGCAGGGAUGCGGCUGGAAGCAGGCAGGCAAGAUGGCACCGAUUGCAGUCCGGUUAGAGGAGGCGGGGCCACAGCAGAGAGCAGUCCGGGUCACAACAGGAGGGAGACGGCAGCCAGGAGGGGAAGCAGUAGCUCGAGAGGGGAGACCACACAGGCAGCACAGAGGCAGACGGACCGCAGAAGCACUGACAGGGAGAGUGAGCGGAGACAGAGGGAGCCUGCAGCACAGCGUGGAGGAAAUGGGGGAAGGGCAGCCACUUCAGGAACGGACCUUGCUAGGGAGCCAGGAGGGAUGUCGCACGUGAGUAUGGCAGCACCCCCGGCUGGGGGCGACAGGGAUGGGGGUUUUUUUUCACGAUGUUUGUCUCCACAGGGUGCGGCACCACGGAGCAGUGGCCCCCAGCAGGGACGCGAGGGAUCUACUUCCAGGCACAGAGAAGAGGAUAGAGGCGCGGCCAGCUCGGCAACGGGCUGUGCUGGGGGGAGAGGGGGGCCCCCACCAGCGAAUAUGGGGGCGCCCUCUGUUGGGGGUUGCUGGGCCGGGGGGGUUUCCUCUCUCCUGUUACCUCUACAGGGAUCAUCAGGACAAGACUGGAGCAGCGUCAUGGGUCCAGCAGGAGGAGCGCCAGGCACAUCAGACGGGUCGUCGGGACACAGAGAAACAGCCACCACGGCCAGCAUAAUGGAGGCACUCAGAACAGCACCGGCCUCCGUGCCCAUUGUCCAAAACCCAUUGGUGGCUACAAUGUAUGGGCAGCUCCUUGGAAAAACAAUGAAUGUAAAGGGAACAGACAGAUCAGUUGAUGCUUUUAGGGGCAUUCCCUUUGCAAAGCCCCCAACUGGACUACUGAGAUAUGCUGAUCCACAGCCACCGGACUCAUGGAGCUCUGUCAGGGAAGCCAUGGCACCUCCACCCAUGUGUAUACAAGGUGUAGCAAUAAUGGAAAAUAUUGUGAAUAUAAUCAAGGCAAAUACUGUGCUGCCCCCAGUCUCAGAGGACUGCCUGUACCUGAAUGUCUUCACCCCAGCAGACAGAGAUGAGAAUGCCAAGCUACCUGUCAUUGUGUUUAUUCAUGGAGGAGGACUGGUCUUCGGAUAUGCAUCCCUUUAUGAUGGCUCUGCUUUAAGUGCCUAUGAAGAUGUUGUAAUGGUGUCAAUUCAAUACAGACUUGGUCUUCUGGGAUUUUUGGGUACUGGGGAUAAAGAAGCAAGAGGAAAUUUGGGACUUCUGGAUCAAGUUGCAGCUCUUCAGUGGAUUCAGGACAACAUUAAGAACUUUGGAGGUGACACACAGUCAGUCACCAUAUUUGGGCAAUCUGCAGGUGGCCUGAGUGUUUCUGCACAUAUAUUAUCACCCCUAUCAAAGGGUCUGUUCCACAGAGCUAUAGCUGAGAGUGGCGUUGCCUUAUUACCUAAUCUGAUGGUCCAUAAAACUGAAGAUAUCCUUCCUCUUCUAGAAUUGAUUUCCAGUAAAUCAGGGUGUGAGUUACCUCUUCUGUUAAACUGCUUGAAAAAUAAGACAGAAGAGGAGAUUUUGGCAAUUACUGUAUCCAUGGGAUUCACAAUCUUACCUGUCUGUGUAGAUGGAAUAUUCCUUCCCAAGCCUGCAGAAGAAAUCUUAGCUGCAAAGGAAAGCAAUCCUGUUCCCUUUAUGAUUGGUGUUAAUAACCAUGAGUUUGGCUGGGAGAUUCCUUCAUCCCUCAAUAUCAGUGGAUUCUUGAGUGGGAUGGAGAAGAGAGACAUCCAGUCACUACUACAUUCUUUUCCUCUAUUGCGUGUAGCUUCCAAUGCCAUUCCUUCUGUAAUGGAAGAGUACUUUGGGGACACAAAUGAUCCAAUAGAAAUCAGGAACAAUUUUCUAGAACUAGGAGGAGACAUGCUAUUUGUUAUACCUGCCCUCAAGACUGCUAAUUAUCACCGAGAUUCAGGGCAUCCUGUUUACUUCUAUGAAUUUCAGCACCGCCCUUCAGUUUAUGACAAGUCAAGAGGUGAUUUUGUUAAAGCCGAUCACGGGGAUGAACUCUACUUUGUCCUCGGUGGGCCGUUCCUAAAUGGUGAUGUAACAUUCCAAGAUGAUGGAACGGAUGAAGAAAAGGUCCUUAGUAAGAAAAUGAUGAAAUACUGGGCUAACUUUGCUAGACAUGGGGAUCCUAAUGGGCCUGGUUUGACAGAAUGGCUAAAAUAUGAUGACGAUGAACAUUAUAUGAAAUUGAACCUGAAACAGACAAUGUCUCAAAGACUAAAGGAAGAGAGAUUUCAGUUUUGGACCAACACCCUGCCUGGCAAAAUGAAUAUAACGGAAGAAAGUGAAGAGCAUUUAGAGCUGUAAAUUGUUUGAAUAAUUUACUUACAUUAGAGUUAAUUCUGUAAAUGAAUAAACACUAUUUUGUCAUCUUUGACUUCAAAAUGAAAGAUUCAGUGCAAAGAUAAAAUCAUUUAUCUAAAAUAAACAUAAGAUAAACUGGG